GAGUGCGGGACUGGGGCUCCCGGCUGUGGGUGUGGUACUGAGGCUCCAGUGGGAGCCGCCCGCCUAGAGGGAGUGGAGGGGGAGACAGGAGACAUCAAAAUAUGUAAGAUGAACGUUGGUUCCGUCGGGAAAGGCCGGACAACUCGAGGCAGGGAGGGGCUUCCAGGUCACAGUACCUGCUGCAAGAAGGGACAGACACUGCUGCAGAGAACUUGCCAUGGUGUUUCAUGCUGCGGCUGGUGGUUCCAGGCUGCAAGCUCCAUUCUAGGCACGGGGCCCUCAGAGCAGUCCCUUGCAGGCUGGAGCUUGGAGAGUGAGGCCCUGAGGCGAGACAUGGGCACCUGGCUCCUGGCCUGCACCUGUGUCUGCACCUGUGUCUGCACCUGUGUCUGCUCGGGAGUCUCUGUCUCAGGGGAUGGACGAGGUGAGGGCUGGGCACUCGUGGCAAGGGCUGGAACCUUCACCUGCCUCACCAACAUUCUCAGGAUUGAUUGCCACUGGUGUGCCCCAGAGCUGGGCCAGGGCUUCAGCCAUUGGCUCCCCUUCAUCAGGCUCCUGGUGGCACACAGAAGUGCAUCUGGCAGGGCAGUGAGUGCACCAUAGUGCUGCCGCCCAAGGCAGUGCUCGUGCCAUCCGACAAUUUCAUCACCACUUUCUACCACCACGUGUCCGGGAGGGAUCAGGUCAGCCUGGUGGACCUGUAGUACCUGCCCUGGCGACACGCACGUCAGCUCUGGCCACUGCAUCCUGACCUGGAGACUCAGUCCUGCCUUGGAGUCAAUGACCACACUUCUCAGCUAUGAGCUGGCCUUCAAGAGGCAGGAAGAGGCCUGGGAGCGGGCCCAGCACAGGGAUCACAUUGUUGGGGUGACCUGGCUCAUACUGGAAGCCUUUGAGCUGGACCCUGGCUUUAUCCUUGAGGCCAGGCUGCGUGUCCGGAUGGCCACACUGGAGGCUGACGUGACACAGGAAGAGCGUUACACAGGCCAGUGGAGCAAGUGGAGCCAGCCUGUGUGCUUCCAGGCUCCCCAGAGACAAGGUGGCCCUGGGCCCUUCCUGCCCACGGGCCCUCUGAUCCCACCCUGGGGGCGGCCAGGCAACACCUUUGUCGCUGUGUCCAUCUUUCUCCUGCUGACUGGCCUGACCUACCUCCUGUUCAAGCUGUCACCCAGACUUGGAUGGGGGCCCACAGGGCUGGUGUGCUGCUGAGCCAGGACUGUGCUGGCACCCGACGAGGAGCCUUGGAGCCCUGCAUCCAGGAGGCCACUGCACUGCUCACCUGUGGCCCAGCGGGUCCUUGGAAAUCUGUGGUCCUGGAGGAGGAGCAGGAAGGCACUGGGACCUGAGCUCAGAACAUGUGCUGCCAGCAGGGUGUACGGAGUGGAGGGCACAGCCACUUGCCUAUCGGCCACAGGAGGACUGGGCCCCCACGUCCCCACCAGGGCACGUUACUCCCUUCCGUCCUCAGCAAGGCUCGGUCCUGGAUGUUCUUGGCCCCUGACUUGCCAGAUGCAUCAUGUCCAUUUUGGGAAAAUGGACUGAAGUCUCCG